AUGUGGGAUUUCGGUUUAUUCAGUACUGGGUCCUUGCACGGUUCCAGCUUCAGAGAAGCUGCAUACUUCAAAAUUUCUGUAGGUAAUGAAGCCAAAUUUGUGCUAGCUCGGGUGGUGCAAUGGGCCAUUAAGACUAUGGCAGACGACAAUCCCGACAAUUCAGGCAAUAGCACUCGGCUGUUUAAUGCAAUUCAAUCUUUCUUAAAGAAGUUGUCUGGCAAGCUGAAGAAAGUGAGUAGAGGGUUUCCAGUAAAGAUCCUAUUCUUUCUGAUAGGAUUUUACUGUGCCACGGCAUUUGCUACCGUCAUCGGGCAAACAGGCGACUGGGACAUACUUUCUGCCGGAUUGGCUGUUGCCAUCGUCGAGGUUAUAGGCGCUCUCAUGUACAGGGCUUCCUUUGCGCUUCUUGGCAGGAUGAAGAAUAUGAUUUCCAUAUUCAAUUACUGGAAAGCCGGGCUCACGCUUGGAUUGUUCUUGGAUUCGUUUAAGUAUGAAGUGGAUGAACUCCUUGAAUCAUGUAGUCCGCUUAACUUUGAGAUUAAUAUAUUUACUGGGCUUUGCGGGCAUCUUCUUGUGCUGCUCCCACUAGGACAGGCUCCGCUCUCUCCUCUGGUCUUGGCAUCCUGCCAUGCUGCAAGACAGCCUGCACACCAUCAUCUCCAUCGGAAUGGUGCCGAGCAGGCAGCUUCUGAGCACAAGAGCGUGGAAGCGGGAAAAGAGUGCGGCUUGCCUGUGAUCAUGCCUGGGGAUAACAUCCUGAAGUUCUUCACGAGGCUUGGCCCACACAAGACGCGCUGA